AUGGGUGUAUCAAAUUGUUCUGAGAUUAGGUACAGUGGUCCACCACGGGCCAGUGUCAGUGGCUGGUCUGUUAUUCCAAUUUGCAAGCCUGAGUUGAGGCCUUAUGAAGGUCAAAAAUUUUAUUCUCUUGAGGAAGGAAUUUCAUUUUAUGAAAAGUAUGCUCAGGAGUGUUGUUUUGAUUGUCGAAGAUUUGGGAAUAGGUCUAGUGGUGGUGUUAUUAUUUUUCAGUAUAUUGUUUGCAAUAGACAAGGAUUUCAUACAGUAGAUUCAUUGGAUGUUGAUGUUAAUGUAUCUGAGGAUGGUAAUGUGUCUGAUGAUGAUGAAGUAUCUUCAAAGAAGAGACGUAGACGUGGCACGAAAAGGUGUGGAUGUGGAGCGAGAAUUAGUUUUAAGUUUUUUUCUGAUUUUGGUGAUAAGUAUUACCUUGUGCAUCAGUUUGUUGAGGAACACAAUCAUACUAUGGUUGACAAAGAUCAUAAGAGAUUUAUGAAAGGUAAUCGGAGUUUGAAUGAUGUUCAUCACAAGUUUGUUGAAGAUUGCACCAAAGCUAACAUCGGUCCUACCUCUACUUUUAACUUAUUAAAAGAGUUUUUCGGUGGUUAUGAUGUUGUUGGGUGUACAUUGACUGAUGUUAGGAAUUGUUCACGUGAUAUUAAAGAGAAAUUAAAAGAAGUGGAUGUGCAAAUGAUCCUAAAUCAGAUGCAAGAGAAGAAGAGAAUUUGUGAAGGCUUUUUCUACAAAUAUCAAUUAUCACCUGAAGAUAAUAAGUUAGUGAGCUUAUUCUGGUCUGAUGCUGAGUCUCGGAAGCAUUACCACAUGUUUGGAGAUGUUGUAGCAUUUGAUACAACAUAUUCAACAAACAGGUAUCGUAUGGUGUUUGGUCCAUUUACCGGGAAAGACAAUCAUGGGUGUCCUAUUGCGUUUGGAGCUGGUUUCGUAUCCGGUGAGAAUUGUGAUGCAUUUUCAUGGCUUUUCACUGUAUUUGUUGAAUGCAUGGGUGUUGCUCCAAGAAUCAUAAUCACUGACCAAGAUUGGGGAAUGAGGCUUGCCAUUGAGAAGGUAUUACCUGGUACAAGGCAUCGUUUGUGUAUGUGGCAUAUUAUGAGCAAGUUAUUUGAGAAGAUACCUAAAUCAAUUUCUGAUAGAGAAAAGUUUAGUAAGGAGUUUAAGUCUUGUGUUUGGUCAGAGUUGUUAGAUCCGGAUGAGUUUGAUAUAUUAUGGACUAGUAUUGUUGAAAAAUAUAGUGUAGAAGAUCAUAAGUGGUUUAAGGAUAUGUUUUUGAUCAGACAGAUGUGGAUCCCAGCCUUCUUUAGAGAUGUUCCUAUGGGUUCUUUAAUGAGAACAACAUCUUUUUCAGAAUCUGAAAACAGUUUUUUUAAGAGGUACUCGAAACCGUUGUUCAAUUUUGCUGACUUCACUCUUCAGUAUAACAAUGCCAUUGAUGCUCAAAGGAAUCAAACUGAAAGGCUUGACUAUUAUGAUUCUGUAAUCACUCCAAAAUAUGUCACUGAUUUAGCAUUUGAGAAGCAAUUGGGAUCUGUUUACACAGAUAGGAUGUUUAGAGUGGUACAAGAUUUGAUUGUUGAGGCUGAUAAGAGUUGUCGGAUGAUUAGCAUGUCCACAUUGGAGAACAUCGAGGUCUUCAAAGUUUCUGAUGCUAGAAAGAAGAUCUUUACAGUUAGACAUGAGAUAGAGACUGAGUCAUAUGAAUGUGAGUGUAAACUAUUUUUAAGGUGUGGUUAUCUAUGCAGCCACCUUUUUUUCAUCCUCAGAAACAAAGAUGUCAACAAUAUUCCAGAGAAAUAUGUUGGUAACCGUUGGCUUAAAAGUGAAUUACUAAAGGCAGUUCAUGGUCUCACAAUUGAUGAAAGUGCGUCUGACAGAGGUUCUAACAAAGAUGACAAACUAAAGAUUGCUAACAGAUGUCAUGGUCGUUACUUUGGUCUAUAUCAGCGUGCUUUUAGAAAUAAAGAUCAUUUGAUUGCUUUGGAUAAUUUGCUUGCGGGUAUUGGUCCUCAAAUCUUUAAAGAUGACUGUGCUGGAUCGUCUUCUCUUGAUAAAAAUGAUUCAAUCAUGAACAUAUAUGGUAUUGUUGUUCCUGAAGAAAUAACUGCCCAUGCUCCAGAUGUGGUUAGUACAAAAGGAGGUGCAAGUGACAAGAAAAGCAGGAUUAAGUCAAGCAUAGAGAAAGCAAUUGAAAAAGCAAAUAAACCUCAUAGGCGUUGUGGAAAGUGUCACAAAAUUACUGAUCAUAAUGCUAGAAGUUGUGGCAGAAAGGAGACAUGA